CUGUGAGCUGCAGGCUCAAGUGUAAUUUAGCAGAGUUAACAAACAACAGAAACCCGUAUAUAUCUCAGCGGAGGCAUAGGCUGCAGCCUCGGCCGCCGCCUUAGGCAAGCAGCAUCCACAGCCCGCCCUCUCUGCCGGCAGCUCCGGAGGCUUUCCUGGUCGCUCACAGACCAGCGGAGGAAGGCAGGAGCCGCAGCAGCUCGUGCCCUGGUGCUGGAUCGGGGGCCGCGGGCCAAGGAUAUGAUGGAGCUUCUAGAGGAAGAUCUGACCUGUCCCAUUUGCUGUAGCCUGUUUGAUGAUCCUCGUGUCCUGCCCUGUUCACACAAUUUCUGCAGAAAGUGUCUGGAAGGAAUUCUUGAGGGAAAUGUGCGGAAUGUUCUUUGGAGGCCAUCCCCUUUCAAGUGCCCCACAUGCAGGAAGGAAACUCCUGUCACUGGAGUCAACAGCUUGCAGGUCAACUAUUCCCUGAAAGGUAUCGUGGAGAAGUACAACAAAAUCAAAGUAACUCCCAAAAUGCCUGUGUGCAAAGUGCACAGCGGGCAACCCCUUAACAUUUUUUGCCGGACAGACAUGCAGCUGAUCUGUGGGGUUUGUGCCACCCGUGGUGACCACACAAAGCAUGUUUUCUGUUCCAUUGAAGAAGCUUAUUCCCAGGAGAAGCGGGCUUUUGAAACCUUGUUUCAGGGCUUUGAAACUUGGCGUUGUGGGGAUGCCCUCUCACGGCUGGAUACCUUAGAGACCAGUAAGAGGAAGGCACUGCAGAUGCUGACAAAAGAUUCUGACAAAGUGAAGGAGUUCUUUGAGAAGCUACAGCACACACUGGAGCAGAAGCGAAAUGAGAUUCUGUCUGACUUUGAGACCAUGAAGCUUGCAGUGAUGCAGGCCUACGAUCCGGAAAUCAAUAAACUGAACACGAUUCUGCAAGAGCAGCGGAUGGCUUUUAACAUUGCAGAGGCCUUCAAAGAUGUGUCUGAACCCAUUAUAUUUCUGCAACAGAUGCAGGAGUUCAGGGAAAAAAUCAAGGUGCUCAAAGAAACCCCUUUACCUUGUUCCACAGUGGACAUCAGUCCCACAAUGAAGAGCUUUGAUACCAGCCAGUGGAAUGGAAUAAAACUUGUUGAUGUGGACAAACUUUCCUUGCCUCAGGAAAGCAACACUUUCAAAUUCAAGAUUCCCUCAGUCUUUUCACGCAGAUUUAUAGUGAACUCUCUUAUUUUCUUGCUCAUUCUUGCUGUCACCAGAAUGUCCUUUGUGGAGUCAGUCAUUGACAAUCUCCAGUGCUGGAAAUCUCAGUUCCUUACAAUUAGCUUGUCCUAUUUGGCAGAUACCGUGGAGAUAGCAGAUCAUGCAGUCUUUUACUGGGAACAGAUGACAGAUGGAGCUUCACUUUUAAGAGAAAAGUGUAAAAACUAUACAUUGGUUGUACUGGAUAAUGUUGCGCAGUUUGUGUGCAAAUAUAAACUGUUGUGAAGUGUCUG